CAUGACAGAGUUGUACAGGAACACAUCUACUGGAGAUAAACAUUAUCAAGAGGACCUUUUAAGAUGUUAGAGGGAGGAGAGGAUUUAGGCACAACCAACGGUACUAUACAGAGACACUUAGACACACAGGAGGAUAAAACACAACAUAAAUGUGAUGUCUGUGCUAAAACAUUUAGUCGAAGAGGUAACUUAAAGAGACACAUGAGUACACAUACGGGUGAAAAACCUUAUAAAUGUGAUUUAUGUGCUAAAGAAUUUAGUCAAAGGGGUGAUUUAAAAAGACACGUGAGAACACAUACUGGUGAUAAACCUCAUAAAUGUGAUGUUUGUGGGAAAGGGUUUAGUGAAAAUGAUAACUUACAGAAACACAUGAGAACACAUACUGGUGAUAAACCUUAUAAAUGUGAUGUAUGUAUUAAAGAAUUUAAACGAAAUGAUGACCUAAAGAGCCACUUGCAAACACAUACUAGUGAAAAACCUCAUAAGUGUGAUUUAUGUGGUAAAGGAUUCAGACAGCUUCGUUAUGUACAAAGACACAUGAGAAUACAUCAUGGUGACACACCUUAUGAAUGUGAUGAAUGUGGUAAAAGAUUUAGUGAGCAAGGAAGUUUAAAGAAACACAUGAGAACACAUACAGGUGUUAAACUUUUUGACUGUGAUGUAUGUGGUAAAGGAUUUAUUGAUCAAGGUAAUUUGAAAACACAUGCAAAAACACAUACAGGUGACAAACCUUAUGACUGUUGUGUAUGUGGUAAAGGAUUUAGUGAGAAAAGAAAUUUACAAAGACAUGCAAAAACACAUACAGGUGACAAACCUUAUAACUGUGAUGUAUGUGGUAAGGGGUUUAGUGAGAAAAGUAAUUUACAGAGACACAUGACAAUACAUACAGGUGACAAACCUCAUGAGUGUGUUCUCUGUGAUAAAAGGUUCAGUCAGCUUGAUCAUUUACAGAGACACAUAGGAACACAUACAGGUGACAAACCUCAUAUCUGUGUUCUCUGUGAUAAAAGGUUCGGUCAGCUUGGUCAUUUACAGAGACACAUAAGAACACAUACAGGUUACAAACCUCAUGAAUGUAAUGUGUGUGGUAAAAGGUUUAGUGAGAAUGGUAGUUUGAAAAAUCAUAUGAGAAUACAUACUGGAGAUAAACCUCAUGCGUGUGAUGUAUGUGGUAAAAGGUUUACUCAGCUUGCUGGUUUACAAAUGCACAUGAGAAUACAUACGGGCUAUAAACCUUAUGACUGUGAUAAAUGUGGGAAAGCGUUUAGUUAUCAUAAUAGUUUUCAGAUUCACAUGAGAACACAUACAGGGGUUAAACCUUAUGACUGUGAUAUAUGUAGGAAAGCGUUUAGUUAUCAUAAUAGUUUACAGAUUCACAUGAGAACACAUACAAGUGAUAAACCUUGUGACUGUGGUGUAUGUGGCAAAUGGUUUAAACAACUUGACAGUUUAAAGAUACACAUGAGAAUACACACUGAGGAUAAAGCAGAUUACAAACCCUUAGAUAUGUGAGGCGGCCACACUUUGAAAUAUUUUGUUUGCCCAAACCCUACCCAAAGGUUGAGACAGUGGGUAGGUAGGUAGGCAUUUUCUUU